AUGCCGCGCCACGUCAUUGAGCGCCGUCUGCUCAGCGCGUACACGGGACAACUGGCGCUCGCGCUCUUCUCGUCGCCCGGCGCUCCCCUCGCGAUCGUCGGCUGGUGCCUCGUCGCUCCACUGCUGGCGCUGCACUCGCCGCGACAGGAACUCGCGCCUCUCUACGCGUCUCUCAGUCUGCGCGUCCUCUCGCCAUUGGUCGCGUCUUUGUCUCUCGCUCCUUUCCCUGCUCCUCCUGCUGCUGCUACUGCUGCUGCUGCCCCGUCGCUGCUGCUCUCGGUCAUCGACGCGCUCGUCGUCCUGUCAGUGGCUCUCGCGUGGCUCUCGUCCGCGCUCUUCCCCUGGCCACACUUGUCCCCGCUGCAUGGACCCUACGCGGCCAUUGGCUGUCGCUCGACUCGUCUCGGCGGCAUCGAGUGCCGCGUGCUGUACCCCUCGACGACCGGCAAAGCCGCGACUGCUGACCGUGAACGCGAUCGGUCGGCUGCCAAGCGAUUGGUCCCGUACUUGCACCACGGCCACCACGUCAUGAAGGGGCUCGGGCGCUCGCAGAACCUGCCCGCGUGGCUCUUCCACAACAUGAGCAACGCACACUUGAGCGCGGUCGAAGACGCGCCCAUUGCGCCACCGUCGCUGUCAACUGGCUGGCCCGUGGUCAUCUUCAGCCACGGACUUGCGGGCUCGCUGGAGCUCUACUCGAGCGUGAACCAAGAGCUCGCGAGUCAGGGCUACGUGGUCGUGGUGCUCAAUCAUUGCGACGGGUCGGCCUGCGUGUGCAGCCCCGAGCCGGGCCGCAUGGAGUACUACCACGAGAUUACGCUGGAAGUACGCGACGACAUCGACCAAGCAGGCUUUCGCUUUCGCAAUGGACAGCUGCAGCAGCGUGUUUGUGAAGUGCGCUCCGUGCUGGACGCUAUCGAGUUGCAACACGCAGUGGCAACAAGUGUCUUCAAGCAGUGCAAUCUGAACGACGUGAGCAUCGCUGGCCACUCGUUUGGGGCCGCAACAGCGCUUAGUGUUGCGCAUCAAGACGAGCGCGUGAAAAAGAUGGUGCUGCUGGACGCGUGGAUGGAGCCACUCGACCGUCACGUGUGCGACGGACUGGGCGCCCGUGUCCCUGUCCUUCACCUGCUGUCGGAGCACUUUAUGAAUUGGCGUCCGAAUGCCAAGAGCGUCGAGCGUCACGUGCGUGGGUGCACGCACGCACUAUCCCGCUUGACCUGGUUGCGCGACACGCGGCACAACAACUUUUCGGACGUUCCCAUCUUCUCGCCAAUACUGAAUCGACUCAUGAAGUCCACCGGCAAGAUGGACCACCUUCGCGCCCUCCAAGCGAUCGGUGAGCUGUCCGCUGCGUUCUUAGCGGGUGACUUUGAUGCCCGUGCACUCGAGUUUCCCGAAUUGGCGAUCGUUGACACCACUGCGGAAUAG